AUGGUGUAUGGCGGUAAGCCAAGCACUGGAUGUCACCUGUGUCGUAAACGGAAGAUCAAGUGUGAUGAAGGUCGCCCCGGAUGCCGCAACUGUGGUGUUUAUGGCCGGCCUUGUCCAGGAUACCGGCCAGAUGCGGUCUUUCGCAACGAGACCAGGAAGACUGAGCGAUUGGUUAGGAAGGAUGUGAGCUCAUCGUCAAGUGACAGCGACAGUCAACAUACCACCACGCCAAGCUCCCCCACUGACCCUGGAGUCAUUGACAUCCGUCGCGGAAACCGGACUCAGGAGCACUCUCUAACGACGAUUCAAAUCGCGGAUUCCACAUGGGAACACCGCGCAUUAUGUUAUUUCUUUGACCAAUAUACAAUCUCUGCCGAGUUUGAAGAUGGUAUGAGCCAUCUCGAGUAUGUACCCAAUUUAUAUGCACGCGCUCUUGAACUGAACGACCGUGACUGGAAGGCAUCGUCCUCUUGCCUUCGCUAUGCAGUGGAUGCAACCUCUCUGAUGACAUUUGCCAAUAUUUCAAAUGCGCCGCAAUUUGCCAUGAAGGCCCGUCAGGGGUACGGGAAGGCUCUGCGCAACCUACGAGAUGCUUUGGCAGAACCCUCCACGGCGGUUCAAGAUGAUACCUUUGCGGCAGUCGUGCUCCUCUCGCUUUAUGAGGAUAUAAGUGGUGAGCGGAAUGGGCUGUAUUCCUCACAUACAGCGGGGUUCGAAUUCUUGAUGAAAAUUCGGGGCGAGGGUCAGCUGGAAUCCCAAAUGGGUCGUGAUAUGUUUAACUUCGCCUUCACACAUACUUUUGUUGAAAUUCUCGCCUUGGGAGAUAAACCAAGAUACGAUAUUGACUGGGUGUUGUCUUUUCUAGACAGCAAUGACCCAAUUGAACGACUCAUGCUCGCUGCGUCCAAAAUCAGCUCAUUGAUGUCAGCAAUAAACUCGUCCUCCAAACCACCGGAUCAAGCGACCGUGGAAUCUUGGAUUUCCCUUGGGCGUGAAUGUGAUUUCGAGCUCUCGCAAUGGACACUGCAUCUGACUGAGCGCUGGCUGCCACUGGUUGUAUACUCGUCACAGGGUGAUGAACUGCUGACCUACAAUCGCAUCUCCACUGCCGUGGUCUGGAACUACUAUCGGGCAGCACGGAUUAUGCUCCAACAGCUUCUACUCAAUGUGAAUCGAAGCUUGCUCGCGAUUGUGAAGAGAAAAAGCAAGCGCGGUGCCUCUCCAUUGAUCCAGUCCCCAUUGAAUGAGGACAGCCUACGCGCAACUAUUCAGGAAAUCACAACAGACGUCUGUCGGAGUAUCCCCUUCUCUUUGGGCGAUGUGGAUACCCUCGGCCGAUCUAUCCGGACGACAGAUGGCAAUUGGACCAUACGUGCUGCCCAAGGCAAUGGAUUACUUUGGCCGAUGUGGUACAUACUUUCCUGCGGGAUGCCUACGCCGGAACAAGUAUUACAGAUUCGGACUGUGUUUUCUCGUGUGGGAUCUAAGCUCGGGAUCAAGCUGGCGCUAACCCUCGAUCGUGAGGCUGAGCGAAUUCGAGGGGGUUCCGGUGCUACUGGUGCACCUGAAUCUGCACCAGAAUCUAGAGUCGGUUCUCGGUGA